AUGAAUGUUCCAAGUUUACUUCAUUUCACGUUCUUCCUGAGGGAAGGGCGAGUACCAUCAUGGAGACCAUGGACUCUGCGGAAGCAGCAGUUUUCUGUGCUCAGAGUGGCCUUACUUCAGGCAGCACGGAAGAAGGACUCCUUCAGUCUCCCUGGACUGGCUGAGGCAGAAUUAGAAGAACAGUUUGUAAGAGGUGAUGGCCCAGGAGGUCAAGCCACAAAUAAGACAAACAACUGUGUUGUCUUGAAGCAUAUCCCAUCUGGGAUUGUAGUGAAGUGUCAUCAGACGCGAUCAGUGGAGCAGAACCGAAAGAUAGCCAGAGAAAUCCUGCAGGAGAAAGUUGACCUUUUCUACAAAGGUGAAGAUAGUGAUGUUUUUAAAGAGAAAAAGGCAUUGGAGAAGAAGAAGCAGGAGAAAAAAAGACGAGCAAGGGAAAACCUAGAAAGGAAAAAGCAUUUCAAAGAGAUGCUGCAACAGCUGGAGAAGAAAUAA